AUGUCCACCUCCAAAGCAAAGCCCAGCUGUUCCCAGUAUGCUCCCCUUUCGCUACACGAUGAUGGCGAAGGCUCCAGCGCAGCUCUUGAGAAGCGCUCCUUCUCCGAGGAUGACCACUCUGCCCCCUUGCUGAAAGGCUCGGACAACCUCCCCGCCCUCGCACCAUCCAAGCCCUCCCAGCUUCUCCAGCUCAUCUUCUACUUCUCGUUCGCCCUAGCGUUGCUAUCGGCCGUGAACAUUGCUCUCCUUCCCACUACGCUAUCAAAAUACCAUGCCUACCCAUUUUCUGACUCCGAACUCGAGGCCCUCCCCUAUGGCGACGCUAGACUGGGGUUGCACAGGGUAGCGGAAUCCAUCCCCCCUCGCCAGGUCUACCACCACGCUUGGCCGGAUAGAAUUGUACGGGUGAGCCGGAAGUUGAAGGAUGCCGUGUGGGGACAGGGUGUGCAGGUUUACGUUACAGUUGAGGACUCGACAAUCAUGCGCUUCCCUAUCCCCUCUAACGGCGUCAACGCCUGUGCGCUCUCCUGGCGGCCGCCUCCCGAGUUCUCUGCGCGUGUCGACGAUGUUACCAUCAAGGGCGAUGUAACAGAAAUAGAAAUCUGGCAGCUUAUUGCACCUUCGGCCACUUCAUCCACCGUCUCUUCCAGUAUGGAGGAGCUCGAUUAUGACACAUUAUCAUACUCGACCCUUCCUGUGCGCGGAGAGUUGCUUGGCGUGCUAGACCUCACCGCCAAGCCAAACAGCACAACAGUGGAGUUUGCCUGUCCCAGCGCAGCGGAGAGUCUAGUAGUAGAGAUGAGGUGCCAGCGCGUGGCAUGUCAUGUGAGCUUUAUGCAGAUUGAUAUAGUGCCGAGAUUGGGAUUCCAGUUGAUGAGAAGAAGUGAAUAA